UCAUUCUACAUUUUGGUACAGAAAAAAAUAAACGUUCUAUAAACAAAAUAUAUAUGAAUCAGUUCGAUCAGAGGUAUAUAUAAAUACAUUCACAAAAAUUAGGUAGACAUAGACAAGUCACAUAGUUGCGUCGAGGUAGCAUCUGAUGAGCUUCACAUAUAAGGACCUGAUCGACGUGGCCAUUGGCUCGCCGGAGUCGGGCCAUGUCAACUUCUAUGCGCUGCACGUGCUGCUCUCCAACUUUGCACAGAAGCUGGAGAUACUGGACGAGACGGUGGAGCAGGACGAUUACCUGCUGGCCAACAUGCGAUUUCAGAGCAGCCUGAUUGGCAAGUCGUCCAGGUAUCGUUUGCAUGCUGGCGAGAAUGAAGAUCCUGGCACUGAUGCGCCCACGGAACCAGUUCCGCCGGAGGCACCAGCAGAGUCGCCUGUGUCUGCUCCGGCAGAGGCACCUGCAGAGUCACCCACAGCGGAUGCGACUGCAGCUGAGACGUCGCCCGCGCCAAUUGUCGAGGCAGCAGUGGAACCACCACCUGCAGAAACUCCGCCGCCAGCGGCCGAGUUAGCGGGAGCACCUGCGCUCGAGCCGUCGAUUGCGCCAGAGGAGGCUGUGACACAGGAUCUGGACCAGGACCUGUCGCCGGGCUUGGCUACUGCGGUGUCGCCAGGUUUGGCGUCGCGCGCUUCGUCCCGUACAUCGAAAGGGGAGAAGAUUCAGGGACGUGCCGAGGGCUCGGUGAUUGGUUCUUUGGUCAAGCUGGAGCGACGCAUCUCCAAGGUAGAGCUGCAGAAGGAGCAAAACGAUAUUGAGUUCCAGAACUUCGCUGGCAUCCUGACGGGUCAGCUGAAGCUAACCAUGGAGCAGCUGAACAAUGUAACCCAUCUAAUGCUCGAUCGCAAACCCAAUCCGAAUCGGAUGAAGCUGCUCAGGAAUAUAGCGCGACAGCUGCGCGUGCUAAUGCGUGUGAAUGACGACGAAGUGUCCAUCAGCUGGAGCAGCGCCGAGGCUGGGGUCGAGGCCGAGGACGAAAUGGCCGAUGAGGAGGAGGAGGCAGUCAUGGAGGAGUCCAGUACACCCACCGAACUGGCCAAAGUGGAGGAGGAACUGGAGCUGGAUCAGCACCUAUGCUACGCACCCGAACGUAUGCUCAACGAGCUGCUGGAGCUUAAAUCCCAGUUCUGUUCCCUCACUAACAAGGUGAACGAGCUGGCCGCCGAGCUGAUGAAACAGGAUGCCAAGCGGGUGAUGGAGAUGAUGCAGGAGAUGCAGAUGGUUGUGCGGGAGAUCAAGCUGACAGCAAUCGGCAACCAGGAGACAAACCAGGGUAUGUUAGCCAAACUAAAUGGGGCAACGAGUCAGAUACAGACACUCAAGAAUUCGGUGGCUCAUCUCGAUGAGAUCAAGAUCGACAAGGCCGAUGUGGAGCUGCUGCUGGCCGAAAAGGUCGACUUUCCGCAACUGGCCACAAAGGUCUCCCUGGAACAGCUAGAGGAGUACAAGGAGCGACUGGAGAAGCAAUUCUGCGAGGUGCGCUUCAUCAUCAAUGUGAACGAAAAGAAUGUGCUGCAGAUCAUCGACGGAUUGCGCAUGACCCUGGGCGUCGAUUCACUGGAGCUCAGUCUCAAGGACUUCCGUGAACUGAUCGAGAAACGCGUCGCCCUCAUUGCCGAGGCGCUGCACAAGUACAUGGAGAUGACCAAUGACGAUUGCGCUGCUGCGGCAGGCAGGGUCAAGGUGAUGCAGGAGCUGGCCUGCCUCUCCUGCGACACGCCCUGUGUGAUGCGCACCGUGGAACGCUCCAAGCUGCCACGCCCCGCCUCGGCAAAGGCCUCCAAUAGCAUCGGCCCCAUUGUCACCUAUGAGCUGGGUCAGAUUCGCAAGUCCGGCAUCAUGGGCUACUACCGCAAGGACGAGUACCCGCACGCAACAAAUGCUUGGACGAAUUCCGUGCCGGUCAACAAGUGUGUACCCCGUCACGCCGGCGGCAUGCACACCAUCCACACCGCCGACGAGCACAUGCAGAAGGUGGUGCUGUCCAAGAAGAACACCGGUUGGGCUUAGAGCCACCAAGUUAUUUCGCCAUGUUUUACCAUUCCACAUUACAUCAAACACAAAAAUAGCAAAAAAUCCACAUCAAAAUAUUUAAAAUUAUAUUAAAAAAAGAAACCCAGUAUGGUCAGGUAUGCCAACAACAGACCAGACGUCGUUAUCCGUACAGAUGCAGUAAGACCUGACCAACGACAA